UCCCCCCUGCCGCCCCCCCCGCCCCCCGGUGCCGGCACAAAGCUGGCGGAGCUGGGUCGGGCCGGGCCCGGGGCCGGUGGGGUUGGGGUUGGGGUCGGGGCCGGGAUGAUGCGGACCCAGUGCCUGCUGGGGCUUCGGACCUUCGUGGCCUUCGCCACCAAGCUGUGGAGCUUCCUGUUGUACAUGCUGCGGCGGCAGGUCCGCACCGUGAUCCAGUACCAGACGGUGCGUUACGACGUCCUCCCCCUUUCCCCCGUCUCCCGCAACCGGCUCAACCAGGUCAAAAGGAAGAUCUUGGUGCUGGAUCUGGAUGAGACACUGAUCCACUCGCAGCAUGAUGGGGUGCUGAGGCCCACGGUGCGCCCAGGCACCCCCCCAGACUUCAUCCUCAAGGUCGUCAUAGAUAAACACCCUGUCCGGUUCUUCGUGCACAAGAGGCCGCACGUGGACUUCUUCCUGGAAGUGGUGAGCCAAUGGUACGAGCUGGUGGUGUUCACGGCCAGCAUGGAGAUAUAUGGCUCAGCUGUAGCAGACAAGCUGGACAACAACCGGUGCAUCCUCAAGAGGCGGUACUACCGCCAGCACUGCACAUUGGAGCUGGGCAGCUACAUCAAGGACCUGUCGGUGGUUCACAGCGACCUCUCCAGCAUCGUUAUCCUGGACAACUCGCCUGGUGCCUAUCGCAGCCACCCAGAUAACGCCAUCCCGAUCAAGUCGUGGUUCAGCGACCCUAGCGACACAGCCCUGCUCAACCUGCUGCCCAUGCUGGACGCACUCAGGUUCACAGCUGACGUGCGCUCUGUGCUGAGCCGCAACCUGCACCAGCACCGCCUGUGGUGACGGCCGCCUCCCCCCGCAACCCGCCCGGACCCUGUGCU